CAAUGCUGUCAAGUUGACUUCUGACGAGGAAAGCUCCAUGGGUGUGGAGAAGUCAGAAGAGGCUCUUGCAGUGAACACUUACACCAGCAGGAGGGGACUCGAGCCACACAGGGACUAUGGAUAUCACGAAGCAGAUAAUAGUCUCCGAGUCUCCAAUCCAGAGAAGGGAAGAAAACGGCAGCAGAAUUCCAGCAGGGAUCACGAGGCAUCACGCAAAGUUCGAAGCUGCUCAAAGAUAAUGAGCCUAAAGGAAACUGUAAAUGUCAAUGGUUCGUACUCUUCUGAUAUCUUUUCAUGGAAGCAAAGCCAGAGGUUGAUAAGGAAGUUGCUCGGACCACCCCCCAUGCCUCCAAAGAGUCCAACCACUACACGCGACACAGAAGACGGGAAAAGUAAAUAUCUUUCAGAUGAGCAAGUCAAAAAUCCCAUGGAAGGUGCAAGAUCAAGAUCAACACCUUUUGUAAAGAGCCCGAGGCGAAGACUUUAUUUUGCAAACGAGGAUGAAAAACAUUAUAAUUCCAUGGAAAUAGGAUCAUUGGAUGCUGUACAGCCGCAUCUAGAAUCCAUGCAGGUAAAUAUAUCCUUGGAGGGUUCACAGUUGAAACAGACAGCUGCAAUUAACCUAGACAUUCCUUGGAAGAUGGGAGAUGGUGGUGAAAGUCUUGAGGGCAAGUCUGGAGAAGAUGGUCAGAAGAGCCUCGUGACUCCUAAGGGACACAAACGGCUUUUAUCUCCUGAAGAUGAGCAAGGUGGCCCAAACCGUUGGAGCAGCACCUCGCCAACCACCGAUAGUGUUAUGAAACAGAAACAUCAUUUAGGAGCCAAGAAACGACCUUUGUUUCCAAGGUGUAGAGCAAGUUCCUCCAGCCCGCUGCAGAACAAAGCAAAGAUGGAAGUCCAAACACAAUUCCCUGUGGCCCGGAGUUACAACACGGAUGAGGUCCGUGAGUACAUGACCAGGCAGAUGGCCAAGCAUAAAAGGAAGGAGAGUGAAAGGAAACGGUCAGCAAGGCAGGCCAUGGAGGUGAAGAAGAAGAGACUGCAGGAAGUCUACCGGAAACAGAAGGAGGCUGUCUCCAAGCAGAGGAGAUGGAAGCAGCGAGGCUCUCUGCCUGCUCAGCACUUUGUGGACGGGUGUCGGGAUUCUACAAAGCCAGAGAAGAAUUUGGGAUCGGCUCCAUUGAUAACAGAUCGGGCAGCAACAAAGGGCAGGCCAGAGUCUGGACACUUGGAGGAGAGUGAGUCAAGCCAACAGGAGCUGCACUAUCUCACAAGGCCAUUUCACAACUCACAGCCUGGACAGUGCAGCCCUCUGAAAGUUCAAGACCUGGAACCACAUCGUUGUUCACCAAAGUCUCCAUCCUUUCCACUGCUCACUAAUCGGCCCCUUGCAACACGGGAGCAGGAAGCGAGUGACAACAUCACCUCCCACUCGGCCUUUGAGUACAGGAACAAGCAGCAGCGCCUGGAGGCCCUUCGAUCCAUGGCCAAUGCCCUCAGCGGCCGAAUUGAGGAUGAAGUGAAGAGAUUGGGUGUGGAGAAAGGGAGUCUGUCAGGUCCAGGAACAUGCGUCAAUGACCAAUGGAGCGGAGGUGGCUUGGUUAGACCUGUGGGACCUGAUGCCGCAGUCACGUUGGCUAGUUACCAUGACCAUGGAAUGGAAUGGCAGAGUGUCCCAAGUGCUUGCCUGGACACAUCACCGAGCGUGCCGACUGACUUCAGUCUCCUGCCCAAAUCUCCGCACAAGAGUGGAGGCCAAGUAGAAGCUGAGAGAUCACAUAACAGGUGUUCUGGGACUGGAAGUGACCUGGAAGUCAAGACACUGGUGGACGACCUGCUGCACAGUCCCUCGUCUCAGAGUGGUGACUUCCUGUGGAGUGACUCUGAACCUUCAACAGAACGUGAACUGGUCUGCAAACCCAAUGGGUCAAGUAAAUGGCUGCUGGAUGCAGAGAAAGGGUUGGGAGAAAUGUGCGAUGAUGCUCUGGGGACCUUCCGUCAAGGAGACCAUCAGCUGGAACGGAAAGCGUGUGUGGAUGGAACUACUACUGAUGCACACCAACCUGAGACCAUGUUCCUGGGCAGAAGGAGAACUUGUGAAACAAGCAAAAUGCAAGGUGGCAACAAAUCCCUCUUGUUGCAGAAGAGUAGGAGAUUGGGUUCACACAGGUCACCAUCCAGGAUAAUGCCUAUCUCACCUCCAAGGGUCAAGCAGCCUGGCAGAGAGGAGGAGUCUGCUAAUGUUGAACACAGCCAUAAUUACGAGACGACUCGCUCCCCCAGAAGCUAUGGUCUCUCCACUCAGAGUGGAAAGCCAUUGGAUGAUUACAAGCCUACAGCCAGCAUUUCGAAGUUGACCACAAAUGAGACGAAGAGAAAGGAGAACCCCAUGACCCAGAGGCUGACUGAGCUGAUGAAGCAACUCCACGAUGAAACUGAGGAGUUAAGUUUCCGCUACAGGAAGAAUAUUUCGCUGAAAGAAGACUCAUUUUUGGAGCUGAAUAGAUCCCUGGUAUCACCCGAAUCCACAAAACAUCUGGCGAACACUAUGAGCUUGGCAGAUGUGGAGAGCUCAGUGAAUGGGAAAGGAGCUGCUCAAACUUGUGUCACUGACGGAUCACUGAGACAGGAUAAGCCAAUGGAGCAGUGGUCCCUGUUGCCUUCUGAGAGCCAUUAUAGGCAGACAAUGGAAAGCAUUAAGAGCCUGCAUUCAGGGGACCGCAGUGUACGUCACACACCGAGCAAUUCUUUCAGCAAGUGGGAGGAAAUGGGGAGACCCUUCUUCGGGAAUCAGGACACGUUCAGCCGCUUUACCCUGGAGAUGGCUCACCAGUACCUGAAGGAAGAGGACCUUCGAGCCAGGCACCAAUCGGCUCUCUUCCGAUUGAGGGAGAAAGCACUGAAGGAGAAAACCAAGGCCGAGCUGGCCUGGCUGGAGCAGCAGAAAACACGUCUCUUGGACAAAGGGCAAGAUGAUAAAAGGCCUGCUAUCAUCAGGAAGCAGCGGGAGGUUUUACUGAAGCUACAGAAGGAGAAGGCGGAGAUCAGGCACCUCCAGAAUGCCUAUCGGGUUGCCCACGAUGAGAGGAAACUCCUCCUCAAACAGCAGCAGGAGAUCUUUAGGAUUCACCAGUCAACGGCGAACCUGCAACGGCAGCUGAGCUUAUCUGCAACGGGCCCUUGGUUUUCAGGAGUGAAGGACGCCUCGCCACCUACAGCUGACGGUGAGCCCACACUUCUGCCUGGUCCUGAGCCUGACCCGGGUGUGGGCAGCUCUUCCCCUUGGUCGCUCUCAGGGAGUGAGGACAGUGCAGCCACAGACCGACCAGAGGAUGCGCACAGCAAGCUGGAUGAAAGGAUCCUUUUUCAAAGAGAGGAGGAGCUUGUGAGACGGCGGAAGCAGGCCAUGGGUGUGCUGGCCUGGAAGAGACCUUUGGAUAACGAGGAACCGGUUGUUCACCGGACUGAGACGGAGGUUUUGACCACCUCGAGUCCACGGAUCAGGGUGCAAGUUCCCGACGCAUGGGAUCCUUCCACAGAUAACUUGAAUGUUAAAGAAUGUUCAAAUUCCCCAGAAUCAACAAAGCACAUUGAGAUCAGCAAAGUGGUAACGAGGAGUAUGGAUGAACUAAAUGGAGAGAAGCAGAAUGAGAUUGAGGUUUUUCAUUUACAGAAACCUGCUGAAACUUUGAAACAGAUCUCUACAGUUCCAGAACCUUCUGAAAAGUUGGCGAUGAAAGCAGCCAAGAUUCAAUCAGAGAAGAAUUUCCUAAUCAAUGAGCCCGCAGCGAGAGGACCCCACACUUCAUCACUGAGGCAUGAGCUGGCGAGCAGCAAAGAGAUAAUGGGCAGUGUACAGAGUGAACAAAGGAGGCGACAGAGGGAAAAGUUAAAGAUGGAGGAAGCUGAACUGUGCAGGCAACUGGAGGCUUACGAUGAGUUUAUCCGUCGGACAAAAGCUGAACUGAAUUCGGACACUGAUGUCAACCAGAUUCAAAAACCUCAAAUUAAAAUCCCUGCCGCAGCUCAGUACAAGUCACACGUGGAUUUACGUUGGCUGCAGAGAUCCAAUCUCCUUCAGCGUUCAGUAACACGAGGCGCUAUGAUGGUUCAGUCACAGGACUUGGCAUCAACACAAGACGAGGCGGCUAGAGAUGUGGCAAAGGCAUGGAAAUCACAAGAGAUAGCUAGAGCUGUGGAUUUACCCUUGCCUGGUAGAUCUGAUUUUGACAAAACGUUAAAAUAUGGCUUCAAGCUCCAACAUCAUCCUCCUCCUCCCAAUCUCAUCGACAAGACACAGAGUGAAGAAAACCAUCGCAUAGCUGUGCAACUGUGUGUCAAUCCAGAGACAUCUGACAGUUUGGAUAAUGUCAUUAAGCCAUCUGGCCCACCCACCAACUCCAAGAAAGAGACACUACAAUGCAAUGAGUCCAACUAUUCAGCUUGCUAUAGAACCAAAAGCAACAAUGACCAAUUACCUAGAAAAUGUUAUACUGAUCAAAAUGCAGCCAUAUUUCCAUCAAAACAGAGGGAACCAAUGUUUCAAGUGAAGUCACUAUCGAACACAAGUGAUUUUUGGAGCAACUUUCCAACCAAGGCAGCAGAUCAUUCUUCACAGACCUCCUGUUGGCAUAUGGUAAAUAGCAAUACCAAACUGAAACCAGACCAAGGGGAGGAAUCUGAAAACAAUCACUCAAGUACUGUUGUCGUGAAUGCAGAAGACAUCAAAGAAAAUAAGUUAGGAAUUCCCAUUCUUUCUGCCAAUGUGUCUGGUUUCGCACCUUCCUCUAUUCAGCAGCCUGCUUUCGAGAUAAGACCAAACAAACCUGCAAGCAAGGAGAUGAUGGCUGCUCAAACACCCAUCUGUGAACAAGCUUUAGGUUCAUUUACAUUGCAAAGCAGCUGCUUGCUGAAAGAGAAUACAGGUUUGGCAGGUUGUCAGCAGUCUUCUAUUAGAGAUUCCAGCACUGCAGAAGCUAUUUCCCCAGUUAACCUCCUUUCAUUUAUUGAUGGCGUUUCCAGCUCCGAAGAUAAGUCAAAUUGCAUGGAUCAACUCCAACUGGGGAAAAGGGAAGUGCAAUUGUUUGUGAAAGAUACUUUGUGUGGAAAUGAUACAUUCCCAUCUUUACCACAGGAAGUAAAUUCAUUAAGAAGUGAAGUGGUUGAAGAGGUAUCCUUGCCUAGCAAAGAUCAGGCACCUCUCACUGAAGGUAUUGAAUCUAGAAGUGUUGCAUUGCCUUUUUUGAAUGCUGAAGGAGUAUUAUGCAGUCAGCAAGAUUUAUUGACAGUUUCAAAGCCCAGUAGCAAAAAGGAACUCUUGGCCAUUCCACUCAUUGACUCACUGACUCAGAAGCAACAGGUAUCUCCUGUGUCAGAAAUCUCAUUCAUAACUGAGGAUCUGCCAGCUCCAAUGGAAGAAGAUAAAAUGCUCAGUAUGAACGAGUUGAAUUCUCUAUUUGACGAAUUAAUACUAUUUGAAACAGAAGUCUCCUCACCUCCUGCUGAGGCUAAUAUCGCAUUUGAAACUGAAGAAUUUCCUCCGCCACCUGAAGAAAUGAUCUACCUAAGGGAAGAGCUUCCAUCUCCAUCACGAGAAUAUGACAUUGGAGACAUAGCACCAUCAUCUGCUGGUAACUCUUUCAAAUACAAAUCUUCGCCGAGUGAUAGAAACUGCAGGAUGGACACUGAUGAUCUCCAUCGCCUUCCUCCUCCGCCUGUUGAAGAAAUGGUGGAGGGUAGGAAAGGUAAUUGCCCCCUCAGAACAAGUAGAGGCAAGGAAACCUCCACACAAUUUUGUGGAGAUCACCUCUUGUUGGAGCCCUCAAGUAUCCACCAAUCUCAAACAGAAGGAGAAUUGGUCAAUCAUUUAAGGUGUUUUACUAUAGGAGAACAAAUGCUGGUAGAUAAUAAGGAGCCUGAUUCCUUAAAGUUUAAAGGACACGCGCUAUUUGAUGCUGCAGAACUGGAUAAAGCAGAAGGAGGUCAUGACAAAACCUCCUGUAGACUGAAAUACAUGGAAUGCAUAGAGAAAUGUGAUAAUUUUGUUACUACAGAACAGCUUCCCCACCGAUGGGAUAAUUCUGAUGGAAAUACUGAUGUCUCUAAUAGUGAAGACUCAUUCUCUGAAGGGCUACCUCUGCAAAACCUAAGAGAUCUAGAUGAUAGUUUGAGCCAAGUUCAUUCUUUUGAAGAGGAGCCCGAGGAGGUAAAAAAGAAAAGUGUUGCCUCUCAGGAAAGUGACAACAGGCUGAUUUCAGACCAAGGCAACCAUCUUGAACUGGAACGGGUAAUUUUGGAGUGUGCGAAGGCAGUAGAAUCUUUUGCAGGUUCUCAGAAUUUGCUGUCAGCUGAAGUGGAGGCAAAUUUGGACUUAGAUACUCAUCUUAAUUCAGAAGAUUUAGUCUGCACUUUAGUUCAGCAUCACCUUGUAGGCAAAGACAGUGAGCAGUCGGUGAACGAUGUUGAAGAGUAUCUCGUAGAACAUCUGGUGGAAGGAACUUUGGGUGAAGUGACCAGCUCCGGAGACCUGGAAAAUCAGUGCACCCAAGAGAAGCAUCAAAUCAAGCUAUGUUCUGAACUGAGUUGGCAAAACUCUCGACCAGUUAAAGGACAGAUAGGUCAUGACAAAAUGAACAAAGGUGUUACUGACCACCUCAGCAUUGACUGUGUGCAACUGCAAGAUAAAAUUAGAAUUGCACCAACAGGAUGGAGCCAAGAAUCCAUAGAAAAAGUGACCCAAAAUGUAAUCACGGAAAUCAUAGAUGAAGCCACGAAAGAAUACGAAAAAAUCAAGGAAAGACACAUUGGAAACGGAGAAGAAAAAUUAAUUCUCUGCCCUUGGCCUGCACGAGAAUGUUUGACUCCAUGUAAAAUGAUGCAUCACGAGGGGAUCUGUGAAAGCAGCCAGGAGGUAGAUAAUAAAGAGCUGAAUGUGCCACAGCCCUUCCUGGGCAAGAAGACCCAUGGACAGAUGUUUCUGUUGGACUGUUGGUGUUCUGUUCCCCAGAGGCGGACGGAGGAAACCGUGUUUGUUGUGCCUCAUAACUUCACAGAUGUUCGACAUCUGGCUGGAAACACUGUCGAUGCCCUGUGGAGCCAACGUGGCCAGCAUCAAGUUGGCAAUGAGAUCAAUGUGCUGGAGUGCCAGAAGGAUAAGGAUAUUGAUGAAAUGGAUGCUGAUGAAAAAUGCAAGAGAGUAUAUAAACAGACCAUUUUUGAUUUGACAUCUGAUAUUUUUCAAAAUGUCUUGAUAAAAGAACCAAAGCCAAAACUAGAUCCAUGGAUGAAAACCAGGUCUCGUGCUUCAAUCUAUUCUGGUCAUUCUCUCAAUAAAGAUGAUAAGACAGAAGUGACGUUUUUCAUCCAAGAUAAGGUGACCAAGUUACUAAAUCUGGACCGAAAUGACCUAGAAAAGAGGAGAAUACAAAAGCUGACCAAAUACAAGAGCAAAAGGGACCGGGUGGACAUCAUUCUGAUUCAGGAACUGCAUGAAGAAGAGAGUGACUGGGUGGAGUAUGCUGCUGAUGAGCUCACAGUGAAGAUAAGACUAACUGAGGACAUCUUUAACAUCCUGGUUGAGGACACAGCAAAUAUUCUCAGCACCAUCUAUAGCAAGAGGCUGGCCGAGCAUGAGUUCAUCACCUCCACCACAUGAAAUUUCAGGCAAUGUAGCAUUGACAAUGUACUGGCAACACCAGAUGAAGAACCAGAUAUUAAAAUGUUUCUCAGAAUGUUCAUAAUCACCACUUAAUGUGCAAAAUUAAAUCCAGGGAAUCUAGUUAACGCUGAGCAAAUGGACAUAACGUUUUGCACUGGGGACAUGGUAUAACUUGGAAGUUGACAAACAAGGUGAUGGCCAUCCAUUGACAGUGGCCUUACCAUAGCACAGGGCACCCACUUCUAGGUUGAAAGUUGUGGGUUCGUCUGCCACAAGGACUGUACAAAAUCCAUGUGAAAAUUGGGAAUGUUGUGAUACAAGAAGUGCACUUUUUGAGUCUGCUCCUCACGUGGAUUUUAAACUUAUGCUAGAAGGAGAGAGACUUUAUCUGAUUUUUAAGGAAAUAGAAUGUGCAAAGCUACGAGAAGAGCAAGUACCAGGAUUGCUCUUGGGUAGAACUGGUAUGAACCUGACAGUCUAAAUGGCCUUUUGAGAGAUGUAACUCUUCUGUGAAAUUGAACAGAAAUGAGUGCUGAAUGGAUUAUUCUCUCUUCUGAAUCAUUCACCAAGGCACUAAAUUAGCGUUACCACAGAUGCAUUUUGGGUGGAUGACUUAAUUUAGUCAUGUAGCUCACCUUAAGUGUUUAGUCAGGCAGGCGUUUACUGGUUGUUUUCUGUACACAGGUGUUAAAUGAAGUCUAUUAUGGUGGACCGUAAAACAAAUGGAACUGAAAUAUGAACUAUACUCAUGCUGGACUAUGCUAGUCUUGUGUGCUCAACUUUAGGCAGUUAAACCUCCUUAAGAAAUAUAUGGAGCACAGCAGAUAAGUUUGGAAUUCUUACAUUUAGCUUUUAAAUACCUUCGCAACUGUAAAAUACCUUCACAACUGUAAAUGGUUCAUAUUUAUUGGUAUCCUGCAGAACAUGGCUAUAUUAAGAGUGACAAGGAAUCUGUUGUGGUGCUGGGCAGCUGUUUAAUAUCUGCACAACAUGUUCUCCGAAUGCUGUCCAAUAGUGUGACUGUUUAUAUCAGACAUUAUCAGUGCUUUAUUUACUAGACAAAAAGGUGCCGGAAUGUACCAUUAGUAAACAUGUGUCACGUCGCCAGAAAACAAAAUAAUGUUUAACUUUUUAGAGGCGCCCACCAUCAUAAAAAGCCUGGACAUUACACACCUCAAACAUUCUUCAGUUGGAG